GACGUAAAGCGUUUUACGACACUGCGCACACGUUUACGACGGUGUCAUGGCGGCUGAAGGUGUUAGUUUUGAGAGCACAAACAACAUCGCCGAGCGCCGGGAAAACAAACGCCAGGCGCGGCAAGAAGCGCUCGACCAGGCCAAGCGUGGUUAUGAGAAGGAGGAGAGGAGGAAGGAGCUGAAGAGGCAGCGAGGAGAGGACACUUGGAUGCUUCCUCAGGUGACCGACAGACUGCAAGAAAUAGAAGAGGAGGCCUGUGUGAAAAGCAAAAAGAAGAAAGAGAAGAAAUCCAAGAAGAAGAAGAAGGAAAAGAAGAAGAAGGAGAAGAAGGCAGCAGAUGUCUCAAGUGACAACUCAGAUGACUCCGCUGACGACUGGGUUGAAGCUAAGCCUCAGUCCCAACCUGCCAAGGCCUGGAAAGUUCCAGACAAGUCCAAAGCUGCUGAGACCGAGGGCAAUUCCACUCAGAAUGUGAAGAGAGAGGAGUGGAUGACCUUUGACUUCCUGGCCAUGAAAAGCACGUCCACUGCAGAGAGAAGAGCUGAGAAGGAGAGACUGAAAGAAGAGGAGCGGGCCAAAGCCCAGGCCAUUGAACAGGCGGGUCUGCACAAACUGGAGCUGAAUCCUUACUGGAAGGAUGGAGGAAGUGGACUGCCCCCAGUGGAGAGUGCUGGUACUGCGGCAAAGAAAGAUGGUCCGGUGGUGAAUGACGGGGGUCUGAGUUGGCUGAGGAAGAACUACCAGAGGAUGAAGGAGCAGGCAGAGAGAGAGCAGCGCAGCCUGGAGGACGUGGUGGCCGACAGAUACGGAUCAAUGGAGGAGUUUCAGCAGCGGCUGGCGGAGGCAGAAGAGGCGGUGUACGGACACAGGAGGAGAGGAGAAGGCGACAGGAAGGACAGAGGCGGCUGGUCGGAGCGCAGGGAGGGAUGGAGGAGAAGAGGAGAUGACAGCGAGAGAGAUGGCUGGAGAAGAAGUGAAAGAGAGGACAGACAUUCACAGAGAAGACAAGGUGGAGAAGGAGCGAGAGAUCAACCAGGACAGCGAGGGAGAGAUGGUGGAAGACAGGACCGGGAGGAAGAAAGAGAGAGACCUCGGGAUAGAGAGAGAUCCAGUCUUGCAUCACCCUCGCAACAAAAUUGGAGUCAACGUUCUUCUACGCUUGGCUCCCUCAAAGGUCGCUUCCUAAAACCCUCUGAAGACGACGACGUCAGAGGGCGGCCUGCUCCUACACCUCGGUCAGCUACGAGAUUCUUAAAACCCACCUCUGACGACGAGGACUCGGGUCCACGGACCACAAUUUCCCCGCGCCGCAAGACGAGCGUCAGUCCGGCCCGCGACCCCCGUUCUUUGGAAAAGGAGGAAGACCGAGGCGCCGCAAAGCUAUCGGUCGCCCCGAGUGACGGCAAAGGGAGAAAAUCAAGUGAGAGCGAGAGCGAAGAAGAGGAGGAGGUGGAGGUUCCAAUCCUCUCAGAGGAUGAGAUGAACAAGCUGGGCGCCAAACUGGUGAAGGCGGAGAUAAUGGGUAACACUGCCAUGGUUGAGAAGCUGAAGUCCCAGCUGGAGGCAGCUCGUAAAGCCCAAGAGAACCACGUGGCAAGAAAGAAGCUCCAGGAAUCAAAUAAGUCCAACCAGCCGGCUGGCAGAUCUGUGGAGGACCAGGAGGUGGUGCUGUUCCGAACAGACCAGUCGGGUCAGGCCUGGCCGGUCCAGCCCAUGUCAGGACCUCGGGAGCCCCACGGAGGACGACGGAAAAAGAAGUCGAUUGAGACUCAUGUCGAUGGCGAGCGUGUGCGCUACUUCCAGGACGACGACAGCGUGGGUCUGCAGGAGAUGGUCAGGAGGGAGAAGAUGAGCUCGGCACAGGAUCAGAACGCCCUCUACUCUCGAAUGGCUGCCAAGAUGAUGGGGAAGACGGAGGGCGACAACUACACCUUGGACGACAUGUUUGUGUCGGGCGCGGCCAGGAAGGAGGGCGAGGGCCGGGAGGACGAGAGGAUGAGGAGCAGAGCGGCGGAGGAGAGCAGGAGGCUGGCGAGCACCAUGGAGAAGUGUCCUCAGUGUUUUGACAGCCAGGAGCUGCAGAAGCACCUCCUGAUAGCCAUCGGCAGCAAGGCCUACCUGAGUCUCCCUGCAGGUGUGUCCAUGACGCAGGGGCACUGUGUGGUGUGCCCCCUGCAGCACCACUGUGCCGCCACCAGCCUGGACGAGGACGUCUGGUCAGAAGUGCAGCUGUUCCGCCGCAGCCUGGUGCGCAUGUUCGAGUCCCAGGACAUGGACUGCGUGUUCAUGGAAACACACCUGAACCCACGCAGGAGACAACACAUGGUGCUGGAGUGUAUCCCACUCCCCCGGGAACUGGGCGACAUGGCGCCAAUAUACUUUAAGAAAGCCAUCAUGGAGUGUGAUGAGGAAUGGUCCAUGAACAAAAAGGUGGUUGACCUUUCUUCUAAGGACGUCCGCAGAGCAAUCCCCCGAGGGCUGCCCUACUUUGCCGUGGACUUUGGACUCCAGGGAGGUUUCGCUCAUGUCAUUGAAGACCAACAGAAGUUCCCGCAUUACUUUGGCAAGGAAGUGGUGGGAGGGAUGAUGGACUUGGAGCCCAGGCGCUGGAGGAAGCCGAUACGGGAGAACUUUGACGAUCAGAGGAAGAAAGUCCUGCAGUUUGCUGAGUGGUGGAAACCACACGACUGCACCCGCACUGAGGAGGCAUGAGGAGACUGAGAGUGAGACUGAGGAGGCAUGAGGAGACUGAGACUGAGACUGAGGAGGCAUGAGGAGACUGAGACUGAGAGUGAGGAGACUGAGGAGGCAUGAGGAGACUGAGAGUGAGAGUGAGGAGACUGAGGAGGCAUGAGGAGACUGAGGAGGCAUGAGGAGACUGAGAGUGAGACUGAGGAGGCAUGAGGAGACUGAGAGUGAGACUGAGGAGGCAUGAGGAGACUGAGACUGAGAGUGAGGAGACUGAGGAGGCAUGAGAAGACUGAGGAGGCAUGAGGAGACUGAGACUGAGAGUGAGGAGGCAUGAGGAGACUGAGAGUGAGACUGAGGAGGCAUGAGGAGACUGAGACUGAGAGCGAGGAGACUGAGGAGGCAUGAGGAGACUGAGAGUCCUGCAGUUUGCUGAGUGGUGGAAACCACACGACUGCACCCGCACUGACGAGGCAUGAGGAGACUGAGAGUGAGACUGAGGAGACUGAGGAGGUAUGAGGAGACUGAGACUGAGAGUGAGGAGACUGAGGAGACUGAGAGUGAGGAGACUAAGGAGACUGAGAGUGAGACCGAGAGUGAGGAGACUGCACCCGCACUGACGAGGCAUGAAUUUUUCCACUCACAUCAGCAUGAAAAUAAGAUUUUUAACACAAAAGUUGCUCAUUGGACGUGUUUCUUUGAAGGAAGCACAUGUCAACUCUCAGUGAUGGAAGUGUUCCUAGCCCCUUCCUGCUCCAUCACUGGUAAUAAUAUAAUAGCCUCCACGUGGUUACUGCAGCUCUAUAACAGCUGGUGUGCUAAGACAUGAGGUCAUGUUCAAUUCCCACUGGGAGCGGUGGCAGGAAAGUAUCUUUUAAUCCGCUUAAAUCUUAUUUGGCACAAAAAAUAUAUAUUGAACCAUUUAUUUCCCUUGAUUUUGUUGUAGUCCAAAACAUGCAAAAUAAAUGAAAAAUGUGAAUAA